AGCAACCAAGCAUUUCAUCUAGUUUUGGGAUUGUUUUGAACUAAAGGAUUAAAAAAGCAGGCAAGUAAACAUGCCCGUUUUCCAUUCCUGAAGAUGUAGGAUACAAGAGCACAAGGGAAAGAUUCCAUAUUUGAGAAACUUUCUCCACAGAGUGUUUAGAGGAUGGGUUAUUUCUGUCAUACUUCUAAUGGAUGAAAUUAAAUCAUUCUGUCUCUCUAAGAGGUGCUUACAUGAGAGACCACACAAGCCUCUGGAUGUGAAGUAAAUGAGCUCCAUGGCCACCAGGCUGAAGUACCUAAAGGGGUUACAGGAAACCUGGAGAGGGGCUUUGGACAAGGGCCUGUAGGGACAGGCCAAGGGGAAUGGCUUUAACCUGCCAGAGGGGAGACUGAGAUGAGCUCUUAGGCAGAAGCUCUUCCCUGUGAGGGUGCUGAGGCGCUGGCACAGGAUGCCCAGAGAAGCUGUGGCUGCCCCAUCCCUGGCAGUGUUCAAGGCCAGGUUGGACACAGGGGCUCGGAGCAAGCUGCUCCAGUGGAAGGGGUCCCUGCCCGUGGCAGGGGUUGGAGCUGGAGGAGCUUUAAGGUCCCUCCCAACCCAAACCAUUCCAUGCUCCCAUGGGAGCGUACCUCAGUGCAUCAGGCUCCGCUCCUCCUCUUCCUCCCCUUGCCCAGCGAUGUCCCCGUGAGCCUGGAGCACUGCUGCCAAGCAGAGGGAAGGGUCUGGCUGUGUGCCUGCCAUGAGUGACCUGGGGAGAGAUCAGAGCUGGGAAUAAGCUGGAUCCACAGCCCCGGGGUGAGAUCCAUGGACCCCAGCCUGGGAUCUUCACCCUGGGCCCAUGCAGAGGCACCAGGCCCAGCCCUGGGGCUGCCAUGUCGGCUGGGCCUGCAGGGCUGGGCCCUCCCGGCUCUCCCCACAGUGUGGGGGCACAAGGGGAUUCUCCUCCCACACAGGGCUUUAUCCAUCUUUAUCCAUCCUUAUCCAUCCCUUUCCCGCUCCUUGCUGCAGGGCAGUGUGGCUGCGUGCCCACCAUGCGGUAGGAGAGGCGGGAGCAGAGGUGAGGGCCAGGAGCUUGCAGCGAGGGUGUCGGCUGUGGGGAGAACAUGAAUCCGAACGUCUGGAACAUCAAGGAAAUGCUGAGCACACCGACAGCCACCGGGUCAAAUAAGUUUUCCAUCCGGAGCAGCGCUCCCAGUGACUACUCGAGUUUGAGUGACUCUCAGCUGCUCUUUGGCUCCCAGUUCUGCCCAGAGAAUGUGCAGCCAGCAGCCGCUCUGCUGGAGCUGGGCACACAGCCGGGACAGCACAACUCCCAAGAUAGCGAGCCCAGUAUUUUCACCAAAUACCAGAUGAAACCACAGUUAUUUGAUGAAGAGAUAAAAGAAAAAGCUCCACUUCAUUUUGGUGCGGGAAGAGUGAAAAAUAUCUUGGAAAGUUUUGAAGUGAAUAAGAACAAAAUAAAGGACAAAUAUGAUCGUGAGGUUUUAAGCACCUUUAUUUCCAGUAUCAAAGACAAGCUUCAAGGGCUGCAAGGAUGCUUGGACCAGUUUGGAGAAACAUUUGAUUCAAGAAACAAAUCCAUUUUGGCUCACUUAGAAACCGUCUCCAAGACACUGCAAGAUGCUUUUCAGAGUCAGUGUGGUUUGGUGCUGAAAGCUCUGACAGACAAAAGCCAAACGGAGCAGGCGCUGCUGGAGAUGGAGAGGAGACUCGCAGCAAAAGAUGCAGAACUUCUAGAUGUGAAAUCCAGUGUCCAGCUGCUGAAGGAGGGUCUGGAGUCGCUGCCAGCUCAGCUGAGAGAUCAGCACCUGAAGCUGUGUGAAGAACUUGGCUUCCUGAAGCUCCCUAACACUUUAGAUGAGCUGCACACGUUCAUUUCUAUUGCCAAAGCCCGCCCUGCCAUGGCUGAUAACUCCUCCCAGACCUCUCCUGGCCCAUGCCAGCUCUGUGCUCUGCAUGAGCAGAGCCCCUUGGGUCCCUUUCACUUCCCCUGCGUGAGACAGGGGGAGCAGCACAGAGGUUCCCCCACGAGGAACCAGGUCACUGGGGAUGGCACAUCUAUAGAUGACCUAAACACAGCCUCAGAAGGGAACGUCAGCCCCAGUGCUGCCGAGGUGUGUAGAGAACACUCCUCAUUGCAGGAGGUGAAAUACAGUUCGGAAUCACAGAGAUGUGUCAACCACCCUUGCAUGUGCUGCCCUCACAGUCACUUUUUGGGAGGGCAUCAGAAGCAGCACUGUCCUGCACCACAGGAUGUGCCUCUACCCACUCCACUGAGGAAGGCGAUCAGGAGAAGCACUCGAGGGUUCCAAUCCAUGAUGCCAUCGCGACAGAGGCCGCCCCAAGCUUCCCACCUUCGGAAAGAUGUGCCUGGGAGAAGAGACAGCAACUGGAACAUGGACCAUGAGGUGGAGAAUGCAGCUGUAAGGAACAGAGUGAAGCAGAAGCAAGGAAGGAUCCCCUGGAAUAAAGCAAUGGGAAAGAAGAAAACGUGCCCUGCUGUGAGAAAAGGUGAGCUCUCCCGAUGUGCUGAGGCUGGGCUGAAGCAAAGGAAGGCAAAUGGGACUAUUGAGUUGGAGAGCUCCAGAAAAAAUGGCUUUCCCAGGUACAAGGUUGCUCUCAAUUUGGGAAGCUCCAGCUCAGCUCCCAACCAGCAGGUCCUCAGCACUCAGACAAGGCUUACAAAGCACUUCCCACCAGUGCCCUGCUCCGAUAAAAGCCUGCAGCAACUUGCAGACAAGAGAAAGAGAAGCUUGGAAAUGCAAAAGAGAGAAAAGGUUUCCAUUGUGAAAAGGUACCUCCUGGAUUCCUCACCUCAGGAGAACACCUUUUCCCUGUGUAGCACCACGGGUGAAAAACAGAUGAGCUGCUUCAGCCUCCAAAGCCCUGGAAGCACCAAGAAGCCCUAUCCUGUUGCUGCGCUGCCUCAGCAGAACACGGGCUGUUGCUCUCUAGUUUUUGACAGUGAUUAUUCUGAUUGAAGGGUUUUGUUGCCUGUUCAGGGUCCUCAGUGCCGUCAGUUUAUCCUUGCAAGUGCUACCUGCUUAAUCAGAAACAAGGUGCCUGGAUGCUUGGA